GGGCGAGCCCCGCCCGGCGAGGGGCGGUCGCUGCCCGGGGCCCGGUGGAGCUCUGCGGGGUGGCGGGGGGAGCUGAGGUUCCUUAAAAGCCAAACCUCCUCUCACAAAAUCCGAAAGGGAGCGAGGCCCGGGGCUCCAUCCCGUGUAGAUGUGAAGCCGCUGCAAGGAAAGCUCCAGCUUCAGAGGGACGCGCGAGGAGAUGCGGUUUUUAGGACACCACAGAAACAGCAGCUCUCCAACAGGGGAAAGCCAGGAGCUGCCUGAGGGAUUCGGAAGGCUUGCCUGAAGAAGAACAACUGCCUCAGGAUCCUCCCGCCGGCGAAGCUGCCCAUGGACUGUAGGCACUUAGCUGAGAGCAGCAAGGAGACCUCCAGCCCCAGCUUGGAGCCCGAGGCCCCGCCGCCCUCCGCGGGGCAGCGAGCCGGGGCGGCCCCCGGGCGACCCGCGGCUGCCAACGCGGCGCGGGAGCGCAGCCGGGUGCAGACCCUGCGCCAGGCCUUCCUGGAGCUGCAGAAGACGCUGCCCUCCGUGCCGCCCGACACCAAGCUCUCCAAGCUGGACGUGCUCCUCCUGGCCACCACCUACAUCGCGCACCUCACGCGCAGCCUGCAGGAUGAGGAGGAGGCGCCGGGAGAGGGCUUGGGGGCCCUGCGAGGGGAUGGGUACCUCCACCCGGUCAAGAAAUGGCCAAUGCGUUCCAGGUUGUACAUUGGAGCUACGGGACAGUUUUUGAAUCACUCAGCACAAGGAGAAAGUGCAAACCAAGGAGAAACUUCAACAAAUUCGCAAAACUAAUCUCCUUUUUCAUUUAAAAAAAAAAAAAAGUUAUUUAUUACACCAUAUAUAUAUAUUUAAGUUUUAAAAAAAACACAUCUACAGGCUAUAAUUCCUGAAGUACUGUUUGUGGAUCAGAAGGACUUGAUUCUUAAAUGUAAUUAAUACCUCAGUAACUUAAUGUGGCUUAUCAUUGGUUUCUGUCAGAGAGGGCGUUGCUGGUAUCUGAACUAGGGGAACAGGAGAAGGCAGUAGCUGGCAGCACCAACAUACAGCACAGCAACAGAGGCAAUAGUGCUAACAACAGGUAUUCUCAUCUACUCCAGUACAGGAAGUUAACAGGUACGCUGCAGAAAAAAGGGGGAGAAGGGGAAAUGUGAUAUUGGCUAAGUAUAGUGCAAUACAAGCUCUGAAAAGAAAAUGGCCAACAAGUCUGGAAAUAGUGAAGAUACUGCGUGCACUUUCUUCACCCCAUGAAGCCAAUGGCAAAAAUCCCACAGACAGCAGUCAGGACAGGGCUUUGUCCCUCAGAUAGUCAUAAGUGUAUGUAGUUAUACUUUGAAAAUGUAGGUGCAUGUUCACUUCAA